GCCGAGCGGGCCGGGCGGUACGAGGGAGUGAUGGCGGAGGGCGGCCCCCCGGGCGCCGGGGACCCGCCCGCUGCCUCAGGCGGGCAGGCAGGUCGUAACCUGAAGGAAUGGCUGCGGGAGCAGUUUUGCGACCACCCCAUCGAGCACUGCGAGGACACCCGGCUGCACGAUGCGGCCUACGUGGGAGACCUGCCCACCCUCCAGAGCUUGCUGCAGGAGGAGAGCUUCCAAAGUCGGAUCAACGAGAAGUCGGUGUGGUGCUGUGGCUGGCUGCCCUGCACGCCCCUGCGCAUCGCUGCCACUGCCGGCCACGGGCCCUGCGUCGAGUUCCUCCUCCGCAAAGGGGCUGAGAUCGACCUGGUGGAUGUGAAGGGGCAGACAGCUCUCUAUGUGGCCGUGGUCAACGGGCACUUCGACUGUGCCAAGAUCCUCCUGGAAGCUGGGGCUGAUCCCAAUGGCAGCCGGCACCACCGCAGCACCCCCGUUUACCACGCUGCACGCGUGGGGCGGGCAGACAUCCUCCGGGAGCUGAUCAGGUAUGGCGCAGAUGUGGAUGUGAAUCACCACCUCCCUUCCCGGGCCACCCCCAGCCCCUCUCUGCGGCCCCUCACUACCCUGGUGGUCUGCCCCCUGUACAUCAGUGCUGCCUACCACAACCUCCAGUGCUUCCGACUGCUGCUCCAGGCUGGAGCCAACCCGGAUUUUAACUGCUGUGGGCCCAUCAAUAUCCAAGGCUUCUCCCGGGGCUCCCCAGUGUGUGUGAUGGACGCUGUCCUGCGGCAUGGCUGCGAAGCGGCCUUCGUCCACCUCCUGAUUGACUUUGGAGCCAAUCUCAACCUGGUGAAAGUGGAGGCCUUGGGAGUUGAAUCCACGGGAAGGAUCAAAGUCAACCCUGAGGCUAUGGAGGUGUUCAAAGAAGCAAGAGGUAGCACCCGGAGCCUCCUGUGUCUCUGCCGCAUAGCUGUGCGAAGAGUACUUGGAAAAUCUCGCCUGGAUUUAAUCCAUGUCCUUCCAGUCCCAGACUCCAUUAAACAAUUUUUACUUCAUGAACACAGUUAAAAGGGCAACUGGCUGCUUUCUGGGGCAGCUUGAUUUGGUAAAUAAGUGUGCUGAUAAAACCAGGUGCUGGUCCCAGCCCUUCCCCUACAGUGAAAUACUGUCUUGCUCAUUGAAUGCACAUAACUCCCUGCCCCUGUGGUUUUCCCUUGCAAGUUUAGGGUGCAGUGAUUUUGUGUGUCUUUUCUCAAGCUACAGAUUAUCUUUGUGGUGAUCCCUUGUUUGCAAGUGAUUGGGCAACAAGACCACUGAGUGUGUGUGGCUGUCAAAUGAGCAAAUUCAAUAUAUCCCAUAGCUGUUAGCUCAUAUUUGGUAGGACUGUACCUCUGUUACUGCUCUAUGAUACACCCAGCUUGGGUCUCAGUGGCACUUCUCCAUGGGGGAAGUGUCUGUAUUUAAGCCUUUCCUUUUCCUAGAGCAUCUAAGGGUAAGGGGUAAGGGUUUUACAACAGCACUGUUGUCUUUCUGCUGUCCAUACCUGACCUUUAUUUUCUGUAUGAAAUGUGUGAUUGCUGCUGUAAAAGUGGGUGUUUCCUUCUGUCCUCUGCUGGCGUGAAACACAUCAGGUUUCCUGUCCAGUGCUUGGCAAGCUGUAUUUGUGUCUCUACAUGCUGCAAGGUAGCUGCUGACUUGGCUUUCUUCAUGUAGAGGCCCUGCUGCACAGCUGGAGAGUAACAAUCAGUAAUCCCAUCCUAUCUGAGUCGUUCCUGCAGAGCACCAGGUCUGCUGAGACAGCUUUGCCUCUCCCUCCAACACUGCAGCAGACAAGGCAGGUGCUGGCUGGUCCUCCUCCCAGCUGAGUGGGGCUGGGUCAAGUCUUCUGACCACCACAGCACCAACAGGAAAAUGUGGAGAUGAGAGGAAAAGAUAGUUUCUCUGGAAACUGAUAGCUGUGCAGCUUGUUGUGGGCACAUGAUCCCUGUCCUUCAGUCGCGACUGUCAGUGGGACAAGGACUGUUGGAUGAAGUCAGCAUGUGGCCCUGAAAGAUUUCUGGGGUGGUUUUUUUUUUGGAAAAGCAGUGGCUAAAUCAAUCUUCUGUUGGCUGUAAAAUAGGUUUGAAUAUUUGGGAGUGACCAAGAGCAACAGGGGAGCAGUUGCUAAAUUAAGCUGUUGUGUUGCUCUGCUGGUAGCUAAUGCAAUGCUUGGGAAUAUAUCUGUGUGAUUAUGACACAAAAUGAUCUCUGGACUGCCUGCUUGCAAUGUUGCAGUGAUUAUGAUGUUAUUGAAGGUCCAGAAAAGUAGUUGACAGUGCACAGCAUGUAGAAAUAGGAAUUCCUCUGUACCUUUUAUUCUGUAUCCCAUGGUGGCAGUAUGACCUGAGAAAGCCCUCCUAGAUUCACUUAGCAGAUCUUUGUGUUUGUGUGUUGCUUCUACCAGCAUUGUGGAAAAGGGAGAAGGAAUUAUUUUUCUUUUCUUGAAGAGUUAGGAGGUUAUGUGCUUUCUAAUGCAGGGUUGCACCCCAGGCUCUUUAGGUUUCCAGUGCCUUCACAUUGCUGUUUGCCUUCGUUAUCACAAGCUCAUGGAAGUGUCAUUCUGCAGUGAGUCAGCAGCCUUUCGUGGGGAUAUCAGAGUCAGACAUUUUAUAGGAAAUGCCAGAAUAGUAACUUUAGAAGGACAGAGGUGAUGGUCACUCAGGAUCUUGAGUAAAGAAACAGGUGAUAAUUGGUACUUCCUUUUACUUUACUGAUCCAAGUUCUUUCUAGCCCCCCUGUAUUAUAACAUCUGAAAAAAUUUUAUUUUCCAUAUAAAUCACGUACCCAUGCAGUUGGCAAGGGUGUUGUUCCAUAUCUGAUCCUAAAGAUGCUAGGGAUUUUUUUUAUUGUAUUGUAUCAGUACAUAGGAGCUUGGGGCUGAGAGCUAAGCAUGGGAUGGCAAGAACAGUAGGACAGAUCCUCCUGGGAAUGGGACCUACCUCUACUCACUCAUUUUCUUGGCCCCUUGUGGUAAAUGGGAAGUGGGGUUGUUUAAGCUACCUUUCAUUUUGGUUUUGGAUGCCUUUGGCUGACAGCCUCACUUAUCCUGCCUUUAUAGGAGGAUAUCCUCAAGGCUGCCCUGCAGACUUGCCCCAUGAUGGUUACAAAAAUGUUUUUUUACAGAGGCAUAAUAAGCAAAUGCACAACCAUGGUGCAGUUUCUGGUUUCCCACUGUGGGAUGUAUUUAGGGUGAAUUUGGUGAGCAAUGAUUGACUUUUUUGGUGUGAUUUAUUAAUACUGGAGACCAUGUGCCUUUGCAGUAUACUUUCAGAGAAGGAGGAAGGUCAGGAAAAAUGUGGUCUCUGAUGGUUUCCUGUUAAUUCAAUUCCAUGUCCAGGCCUAGAAGGUCCAGCUGGCCCCUUACAUUGAUCUGCUUACUGAUUUUAGGAUAAGGUAGCAAAAUUUGAACAGUUAAGUGGUGGUUACCCUCAGUGCUCAGAUACCAAAGCAAAAGAUACUUUCUAACCCCACAUCAUCAGGUGAGAUGCAGUGGCAGGGAUGUGUAGCUGUAGGCAUGCUUCCCAGGUGAGAAGGCAGCAGUUUUUGUGCUGUUUCCUUCUCAGGCUUGCAGAUGGUUUAGGUUUUCACCAUGCUGGAGGCCAGGGCAGCCCAUGAGCAUGUUGCCUGAGAGCUGCACACUUGCUUUAUAGAACUGUUAACAUGCCUGAAAGAUGCAAACAGAUUGUAAAGCCUCUUGUCACCUUGCUGGUGGAACCAUAAUGUUUUGCAGAAGCAUAGGCCAAAUAUGCUCUUUAGCUCCAGUGUAUAGAGGCAGAAAAUGAGGGAGAUUGUCUUGAGAAAAUGCUGUGGCACCAAAUUGUUGUGGUUGAUGUUUCCCCCCUUGAUUUUUCCUGGUUUAUACAAUUUAGCAAACUGGUCACCCAUUAGUGCCUUUUGAGUGAAGGUGGUAGGAUGGAUGUGGAAGGCCUGUUGUCCUCUGGGCAGAGCUGUCUCCACCUGGAAUGAGCUACAGUGAGAUUCCACAGUGACUGAUGGAGGAUGACCCAAAGAAAUGUAGAUACAUUGGUUGUUAACCCAGUGCCUGCUGUAACUCAAGUAUAUACUUAAAGCUGAGCCACUGCAGAUGAACUAUUACAGUUUUAAUUACAGAUUAUUUUCAGUAUUUGAGCUGUUGACUGUUGUGGCCUUGCCUAACACUGUCCUACAGUGUUUUUGGAGAGUCAGGCAGUUACACCCUAACCAGCCUAGCAGUUUUUCUCCCUUCCAGAACUGUAACUCUCAUGUGAGUCAAAUGGAGAAGAGCCUUCUUCCCCUGCACAGGGUCCAUACCUGGUACUAUAUGGUUCAUUUGCAGGUUCCACUGGUAAGCUCAACCCAUGCUUGGAGUGGGGAGCUUGGCCUCUGUCAGUUUACCAUUCUUGAUUUAUAAUUUGGGGUAUCAGAACUGUGGUGCUCCAAUGUCGUGAUGAACUUUGUGCAUGUGGAUAGUUCAUCUGACCUUGAGCUUGAACAGCUACAUGGGUCUUCAAUUCCAGCAGAUUUGGAGUCCAAAGGUGUACCCCCAAAGGUGUACCCCCUGACCAUGGGUAUUUCCAGUCCUUCCCAGACCAGAGGGAAAAAAAGGAUGGUUUUCCCAAACCAACAGCAAGCAAAGCUGGAAGUUCACCAACCACUUGGGCAUUUGCAGAAUCAAAGCUUUGAAGUGCAGGACACGUUUUGCCUGGGCUCCCCAUCCAACUCCCAUCUUAACUACAGGACCAUGCCUUCUGCAAAGCUCCCAGUGUUGCACCUGGAUGGUUCUUUUGGCAUGAGGUCCUGAGGGGAGGCCAGCUCAGGGGGACAGCUCAUGGAGUAUUAAGCCCUAAGUCCUUGCACACAUUGAUUGCUGAGGCUACAUAAACCCAGCUAAGUGAUACAGACUCAGAAGAUCUGUAAUUUUCGUUGCAGAGAGAUAAUAAUGAAUCUCAAAAUAGAUUCAUUAUCUUCAUAGACCUUGGUGUCUUGUCCUGUAAGGUUUGCCCUACAUCCACUGGCUUUUAAGCCAUAGAAACAGCAGUCUUCCAGUAUGAAACCUGAGUAAUGAAUUGUGCAUAUUUUAUAUCCUCAUACUAUAUAAACAGCAUUUAUUCUUGCCUUAGCUCAGGCUUCACUGUUUCCUCCUAUGUAGCAAAGCAUUUUCUUUGUCAAAGUGCUCUUUUCUCUGUUGUCCAUGGGGCAUGCUCAGAUAAUGGGACAAAUCAGUAUCAAUGAAGUCAUGGGUGGGAAGUUGAAAGAUUCCUGCAGUGUACAUCCCCUGUAUUGAAGAAUCUCUGAUUUUUUUGUGUACAGCAUAUAUGAAGUUGUGCAUUGUGUGGCCUUGCUGUAAGCUUGGGUGGGAUGGGAUAACAAGAUUUGGAAAAUAGUAAAAGAAACCAAAAAGAUCUGGAAUAAGCAAAAUAUAACCAAAGCAUUCUUCCUCA